AUGCAUCGCCUCACCUUCCACCAUCUAAAACUCCUACCAUUAACCAGUGGCACCGUCUGGCUGAUAACGCUCCUCGCACUCCUCAUCUACUGGCUAGCCGAGGGCUGCCCUCGCUAUCCCGGACAGGCCAAUCCCUACGUCGCCUUCAUCUCCGACAUCGGUGCCUUCCGCCUGCAACCCCUCUUCAUGACCGGCGGCAUCAUUUCUUCCCUCACCCUCACCGGAACCAUCAUCGCCGUGCACCUUGCGCGGCGUGAGCGGAGAGUAUCGACUCAGAAGCCGGGAGAUGAGCAGCCGCGCUAUGAGAAGUGGGUUUCGAUCUUGGCGUGUUUGUUCGACGUGGCGGCUUGCCCGUGCCGCAUCUGCAUUACCUUUUUCGACAAUCAUGGUCAUCCGAGUCUGCAUCGCAGGUUUCUGUUCCUGGCGCUGGCUGGAACGGCACUGAGCUGUAUCUGCACGGCCUUUGUCCUCUGGGGUGAGAUGUGGUCGGGCCCCGCCAAGGGGAAUGAGCUGUUGAGGCGUAGCUGUGUGUUCAGCAACAGCCUACUUGUGUCGGAGGUCUUACUGGGAAGUACUUUCACAGGGUUGCUCUGGACAGGGCAAUUUAAAAGUGGUGGGUUUGUGGAGUGGGUUAUGGCGUUUGUGUUUACGUUCUAUUUCUGGGCUUUUAUCGGUCUCCUUGCCUUGCCGGACGAGAAACGGCGCGAUGUUAGCGAGGAGACCCCUCUUCUGCAUUGA